AGAUUGGAAGCAAACGGAAAGAUAGGGUGAAUAGAUGUCGUCUUUAUAAGAAGGAAGUGAGUUGGUGGUGCAUAUGCACUUGGUGGCGACUUUUAGAUUUGGCCAUGAAAACAAAAUAUUGUUGCUAGAAAAAUGCGACUUCAAUAGGUUCGUUUUAUUAUCAUUGUCAUGUAUUCUUCAUCUUCUACUGGAAGUAUCAAACAUCUCAUUGCAGCUUCUGCUCGAGUUAUCAGUGGAAGCUUUUGUUGCAUGCCUUCAUCUUAUGUCCAACUGGCCCAUGUUAAUUGCUCCAGGUUUUGUUUCUUCUAUGCACUGCUUGCUUAUCCAUCCAGCUUUUCAUUUUCAGUUGCCAGCUUUGAUAUAUAUUAUUAUUAAGGCAUUUUUAACAUGUGGAAUCUGCAUUUUGUUCGUCUUUACCUCCUCGGUGAUAGUAGAUCUUUUAACAUUGAUCAGAAAAUCAUUGUUAACAUUCUUUUAGUUCUGAAAUACAGUUACGCAAAGAACUAUCAUCAUCUCAUAAUCUCAUGAUUAUGGUCUCAUUUGCUUGGACUUUUGUUUUUUUUGGCAAUAGUUGCAACUCCUAAAAUCUGUGUCUGCAACAUGAAAUGGGAUAUGAGUAUGGACAAAGAACAGGCUCAUGACAUCAUUAUAGGCAACAAAGUUCAGAAAACUUUCGUAUAUGGACUUGAAUUUCUCUGUGAAUGAGCUGGAAGAGAUCAUACUGAAGAGGUUGGCAAAAGUGUUUGUCCAAGGUACUUUGAUUAGCGAAAACCCUAAUCUCAAUAUACUCUUCGAUGCGGAUGCGGCGCUCUCGCCGCUUGCAUAUGAUAGAAUUGAUGAUACGCAGAAAGGUUCUUAUCGAGAUCAGAAGACGUUUUCUAAAUCCUCCUCGAAAUGAAAAAAAAAAAAACAAAAACAUUGUUUUGAUCAGUCAUGUACAUAGGGGGGGCACAGUCUACCAAAACAUGUUUGCAGAAGCAAUUUUUCAUCAUCAUGGAUCGUGUAUGCCUUUAUGGAGAUGGAGUUGAUGCUGUGGGUUCUAAUUUAUUUUUAAAAUUAUGAUGAAUAGAAAGCUGAGCACCUCCUUGCAAAUGUGGAGCAAGCACCCUCCACUUCCAUGCAAGAUGCGCUUUUUCCUUUGAUGAAGGCUUUAAUUAGGGAUGACCUAUUAAAGCACUCAGACAUGGAUGUGAAGGUCUCAGUUGGAGAAUGCUUCAGUGGGAUCACAAGAAUAAUGGCCCCAGAUGCUCCUUAUAAUGACGAUCACAUGAAGGAGUAUUUUGAGCUCAUAGUUGCUGCUUUUGAAAGCCUCUCCCUUACGUCAGGUCACCGCUAUAACAAAGCAAUAUCAAUUCUUGAUACGGUCGCAAGGAGCAGGUCAUUCCUGCUGAUGUUGGACCUAGAGUGUGACAAAUUGGUUGCUGAGAUGUUUCAGCAUUUCUUCAAAGUCAUCAGGUCCAAUCAUCCGCAAGAAGUUAUUAGAGCUAUGGAGACUAUCAUGACCAUGAUCAUAGAGGAAAGCCAGGAAGUUUCCUUGGAUCUUCUCGGUCCUCUUUUGGCUAGUGUAAUGAAAGAAAAUAAGAGUCGUUCUCCAAUGUCAUGGAAGCUUGGGGAGAAAAUUCUCACCAACUGCGCAGCUAAGCUGAAACCAUAUCUCAAGGAAGCAGUGCAGUCUACUGGCAUCGCUUUGGAUGAUUAUCCUACGAUAGUUGCUUCCAUAUACCAAAGCCACUCUCAUUUUCUCGGUAUUCAUCAUGGCAGUGAGUCUGGAGAACAUGUGCAGGUAAACAAGCUGGCAAAUGAGGCAGGUUCGAGUAAGCCUGCUCAGGUGGAAAAGGAGCUCUCAGUAGGUGCUGGCACCAUACAACCAUUGGAGCACUGUUCUCUCGCUGGACAACAAGCCAAAAGCAUAGAUGCUCCUGCUAGUGCUGAAGCAGAAGGUAAAUCAACAAUUGAGCCUGUGCCUGUUCCGUCCAAAAGAAGGCGGAGGCCUAAUUCCUUGCUGAAACCCGAGGAAGGCUAUGAUUACUCAUGGAUGUUUAGGGGAACAAAAACUCCAAAGGCUCCUCGUCAUGUGAAGCAUCCUGAUGAAGGAAGUGAUCGCUCGUCUUCUAAAAUGCCAGUUUCUGAGAAGGCAACUUCGCCGUUAAGAAAUGAAAGAGUGACCAAGCCUCUGGAAUCUGCAUCCGAAGUUGGUGAAGGUAUAGGGGCUUCUUCCCAAACCCAGAAACUCAGGCUUCCUGAAAAAGUUUAUUCCAAAAGGGGCCGGCCAAAGAAAAACGACAACAUGAUGAGUCAAGCUGCUGAUCCUACUCCCUCCUCAGUGUCAAAGGGCAAUAACUCGAGGGCUCAGGCUGAUGAAAAAGGUUCACAAUUGAUGGACAUCAGCCUGGAAGCGGAAACUCUAGAGCAAAUUAAACGGGAAGAAAAGCAACAAAAGCGGCAUCUCACAGAGGCUUCUGAGAAUAUGUCCAAGACUGCAAGUAGAUCACCCAAUAGUGACAGAAAUAACCGGAAGGAAACACUUGUAUAUAAACGGAAAAAGAAGCAUAGCAUGAAGAAGGAAGAGGCUUCUGAAAUGCCUCAUCAUGGUGGCAACUUGGUUGGUCACAGAAUAAAGGUUUGGUGGCCAUUAGACAAGACUUUUUAUGAAGGUGUGGUUGAUUCAUAUGACCCUAUCGGAGAAAAACAUAAGGUGUUAUAUGUUGACGGGGAUGUAGAGGUGCUAAAUCUCAGAGAGGAGUGCUGGAAAUUGAUCGGAGAUGAUGCUUUGCCAGAUCAAGGGCAGGAAACUGGUCUUACAGAACCAGAAAAUGUGGCUAAUGUACUGAAAAAGGAAAGGGGGAAAGCAAAGUUGGAAUCGGGCAAAAAACAAAGUGCCAAUUUAUCCAAAGAAAGGAGUGGAGGAGGGACUAUAAAAUAUGGCGGCAAAACUGUGAAUGCUGCCAUGGUUGACAAAGCUGUCCAAGUCGACAUAUCGGAGGAUGAUGCAACAAGGACAGAUGACAACAUGAAGGAAGAUGAUAAAUGAUCAUGACCAAGUGUGGAGGGCGGAGCGCAAGAUCAUCUAGCAACAGGCCAAAUACUUUGAUCGCUUGCAGGAACCUCUCCACAUUUUCUUUGCGCUGCCUUAGGCUGGUGCCAGAUUUGUUGGUGAAAGGAUGUAUCAUCUUGAUCCUGGCUGUGUACGAUGUCGCGGCAGCGGCAAUGACAUGCAAAAGCAGCUUUUUGUUGGUGUUACCCGAGCGUAAAGGCAGCAGUUUGGCUGGAAAGAGACUUUAGCUUGUUCACAUGAAUGUUUCUUGCACUAGAUUGUAGUCUUGCUAUCUUGUGAGAAUUGAAUAAUUUCAGAACUCAAAAAUCUUCUAAUAAUUAGUUUGCUCAAGAACUCAUUUG